CAUGUGUAAGUUUUUAACACGAACAAUAACAAGUGUUGCGUGCGACCUUCUAUUUUAUUCUGUACUUAUACUCCGUCAUGCCACUUGUGCGUUGCUCAAAAGAACUAAAGCAUACAACAAGAACCGAACAAUCCCUCAAACUCAGAUCUCAUAAUCACACUGAUCAUCAUCAUAUUAAGUUGCAAGUGAAGUAGUUUUUUUGCUUGGAUUCGAAAUAGUAAUGUGCAUCGCUGUAUUUCUAUGGCAAGCCCAUCCACUCUACCCUCUUAUUCUACUUCUCAAUCGGGAUGAAUACUUUAAUAGGCCAACUAAGCCAGCUGAGUGGUGGGAAGGAGGAGAUAUACUGGGUGGUAGAGAUGAGAUUGGUGGUGGGACAUGGUUGGCUUGUUGUAAAAAUGGAAGAUUGGCUUUUCUUACUAACUUCAGAGAAAAUGAAUCUCUUCCUUUUGCCAAUACUAGAGGUGAUUUACCUCUUCGUUUUCUUAAGUCGAAGAAAAAUCUUGCUGAAUUCGCUGAUGAGGUUAUCCAGGAUUCUGAUAAAUUCAAUGGGUUUAACUUGAUAUUGGCUGAUCUCUGCUCAAAAAAUAUGGUGUAUAUGACUAACAGGCCAAAAGAAAAGAAACCUUCCGUCUUGCAAGUUUCUCUAGGAAUUCAUGUUUUAACCAAUGCCAAUUUAGAUUCGCCGUGGCCCAAAGCUCAACGGCUUCUCAAUAAUUUUAGGGAACUAUUGAACAUAUAUGGUGAAGGUGAAGUAGACGUCCAUGAAAUGGUCGAGAAACUAAUGACAGACACUAUAAAAGCAGAUAAGAGCUUACUACCAGGAAUUUAUCUUCCCGAUGAUGAGUAUCCACGGAGUUCCAUUUUCGUUGACACAGAUACUGCACUUGGAAGGUAUGGUACUAGAAGUACGGCUGUUGUGCUUGCGAAGGUUAAUGGAGAAGUUUGCUUCUAUGAGCGCUACCUUGAGGAUGAAACCUGGAAGGAGCACAUGAUAGCAUAUCAGAUUCAGUAAGAUGUUAAUAAAGAUAGCAUCUAGGAGUAUCAUGUAAGUACAAGUGUUCUUUUCCCUUGCAAUGAUAUGAGACUGUAAAGUGAUUAUUUUGAGCUCUUUAGUAAACAUUCUUAAAAAUUGAUGCUUC